AUGUCUGGACCAACAACAGACCAUCUCCACACCAAUAUACCUCCACCAGUCUGGACCAACAACAGACCGUCUCCACACCAAUAUACCUCCACCAGUCUGGACCAACAACAGACUGUCUCCACACCAAUAUACCUCCACCAGUCUGGACCAACAACAGACCGUCUCUACACCAAUAUACCUCCACCAGUCUGGACCAACAACAGAUCAUCUCUACACCAAUAUACCUCCACCAGUCUGGACCAACAACAGACCGUCUCUACACCAAUAUACCUCCACCAGUCUGGACCAACAACAGACUGUCUCUACACCAAUAUACCUCCACCAGUCUGGACCAACAACAGACUGUCUCUACCCAACAACAGAUCAUCUCUACACCAAUAUACCUCCACCAGUCUGGACCAACAACAGAUCGUCUCUACACCAAUAUACCUCCACCAGUCUGGACCAACAACAGACUGUCUCUACACCAAUAUACCUCCACCAGUCUGGACCAACAAUAGACCGUCUCUACACCAAUAUACCUCCACCAGUCUGGACCAACAACAGAUCAUCUCUACACCAAUAUACCUCCACAAGUCUGGACCAACAACAGACCGUCUCUACACCAAUAUACCUCCACCGGCCUGGACCAACAACAGACCGUCUCCACACCAAUAUACCUCCAUCAGCCUGGACCAACAACAGACCGUCUCCACACCAAAAUACCUCCACCAGUCUGGACCAACAACAGACCGUCUCCACACCAAUAUACCUCCACCGGCCUGGACCAACAACAGACCGUCUCCACACCAAUAUACCUCCACCAGCCUGGACCAACAACAGACCGUCUCCACAUCAAUAUACCUCCACCAGUCUGGACCAACAACAGACCGUCUCCACACCAAUAUACCUCCACCAGCCUGGACCAACAACAGAGCGUCUCCACAUCAAUAUACCUCCACCAGUCUGGACCAACAACAGACUAUCUCCACACUAAUAUACCUCCACCAGUCUGGACCAACAACAGACCAUCUCUACACUAAUAUACCUCCACCAGUCUGGACCAACAACAGACCGUCUCCACACCAAUAUACCUCCACCAGCCUUGACCAACAACAGACCAUCUCCACACCAAUAUACCUCCACCAGUCUGGACCAACAACAGACCGUCUCUACAGAAAUAUACCUUCACCAGUCUGGACCAGGCAAAGAUACAGGCAAAAUAUGAAAUUCUAUCUAACUUGA